AUGUCCCUGGAAGACGAGGAGGAGAGCUCGCCCGACUGCUCCCUAAUGGUAGCCAUUGCUCACAUGCUCCGGCUGAAGCAUCCCCAGCACACAGACGAGCCCCCGGAGGAGGAAGCCAUGGCUAGUGUGAUCCUGGAGAGUAUCUUUCUGAAGCGGUCCCAGCAGAAGAAGAAGACUUCCCCUCUGAACUUCAAGAAGCGACUCUUCCUCCUGACCACCAACAAACUCUCCUACUAUGAGUAUGACUUUGACCGUGGGCGGCGCGGCAGUAAGAAGGGCUCGGUGGACAUCGAGAAGAUCACCUGCGUGGAAACGGUGGUUCCCGAAAACAACCCUCCCCCUGAGCGGCAGAUUCCGAAAAAGGGAGAAGAGUCCGGGGAGAUGGAGCAGAUCUCCAUCAUCGAGAGGUUCCCUUACCCCUUCCAGGUGGUGUACGACGAGGGGCCCCUCUACGUCUUCUCCCCCACCGAAGAGCUACGCAAGCGCUGGAUCCACCAUCUCAAGAACGUGACCCGGUACAACAGUGACCUGGUCCAGAAAUACCACCCCUGCUUCUGGAUCGACGGGCAGUACCUCUGCUGUUCACAGACCGCCAAAAACGCCAUGGGCUGCCAGAUUCUGGAGAACAGAAAUGGGAGCUUGAAAUCUGGGAGCUCUCAUCGGAAAACCAAAAAGCCUCUUCCUCCCACUCCCGAGGAUGAGCAGAUGCUGAAGAAGCCAUUGCCCCCCGAGCCCUCAGCAGCCGCCCUGGGCGAGCUGAAGAAGGUGGUAGCCCUUUACGACUACGCUCCGAUGAAGCCUCAUGACCUGAAGCUGCAGAAAGGGGAGGAGUAUUUCAUCCUGGAGGAGAGCAACUUGCCCUGGUGGAGAGCCCGAGACAAAAACGGGCAGGAGGGGUACAUCCCCAGCAAUUACGUCACGGAGGCCGAAGACUCCAUAGAGAUGUAUGAGUGGUAUUCCAAGCACAUGACCCGAAGCCAAGCUGAGCAGCUGCUCAAACAGGAGGGGAAAGAGGGAGGCUUUAUCGUCAGAGACUCCAGCAGAGCGGGAAAAUACACCGUGUCUGUGUUUGCCAAAUCUACCGGGGACCCUCAGGGGGUGAUCCGCCACUACGUUGUCUGCUCCACGCCCCAGAACCAGUUCUACCUGGCUGAGAAGCACCUCUUCGGCACCAUCCCCGAGCUCAUCAACUACCACCAGCACAACUCCGCCGGCCUCAUAUCCAGGCUCAAGUAUCCAGUGUGUCAACGAAACAAGAACGCACCCUCCACUGCGGGGCUGGGCUACGGGUCCUGGGAGAUCGACCCGAAGGACCUGACGUUCUUGAAGGAGCUGGGGACCGGGCAGUUUGGGGUGGUGAAGUACGGCAAGUGGCGGGGCCAGUACGAUGUGGCCAUCAAGAUGAUCAGGGAAGGCUCUAUGUCCGAGGACGAGUUCAUCGAGGAGGCCAAAGUCAUGAUGAACCUGUCCCACGACAAGCUGGUGCAGCUGUACGGCGUAUGCACUAAGCAGCGGCCCAUCUUCAUCAUCACCGAGUACAUGGCCAACGGCUGCCUGCUGAGCUACCUGCGCGAGACGCGCCACCGCUUCCAGUCCCUGCAGCUGCUGGAGAUGUGCAAGGACGUCUGCGAGGCCAUGGAAUACCUGGAGUCCAAACAGUUCCUGCACCGGGAUCUGGCUGCUCGGAACUGUCUGGUAAACGACCAGGGGGUUGUCAAAGUGUCCGACUUUGGCCUGUCCAGGUACGUCCUGGACGACGAAUACACCAGCUCUGUCGGGUCCAAGUUCCCCGUCCGGUGGUCGCCCCCCGAAGUCCUCAUGUACAGCAAGUUCAGCAGCAAGUCCGACAUCUGGGCUUUCGGAGUUUUGAUGUGGGAGGUUUACUCGCUGGGGAAGAUGCCGUACGAGAGGUUUAGUAACAGUGAGACGGCAGAGCACAUCGCCAAGGGCCUGCGACUCUACCGGCCUCAGCUGGCUUCCGAGAGGGUGUAUGCCGUCAUGUACAGCUGCUGGCAUGAGAAAGCAGACGAGCGUCCCACCUUCAAGACGGUUCUGAGCAAUAUUUUGGACGUCAUGGACGAAGAAUCCUGAGUUCUCCCUCCAGCCUGCCCCAUUUACCUUCCCCACCUCCUUCUGCCCCGAUUCACGCCUUUUCCACUUUCCUUGGAACCACUCCGCGGCCCCCUCCCCACCCUCGGGCCCGACGGCCGGGGCCGAGGUGCCCAGAACCGCCCGAGAACGCGUCCUCUCCCCUCGGACGGUGGACUUCGUCCCUUCUUCUGGCACAGGCCGAGAAACUGCGGAAGCCGACCCCUGGGCCGGGUCCCGCCCGGGAGAGAGAGCCUCCGGAGACCACAGGCGGUCUGGACUCUCAGUGGCCCAGAGAGGCGAGGAAGGCUAUGGGAGCCAUCCCUGGAGCUCCCGGAUCCCCGGCGGGAAAGGCAGCCUCCCGUCGGGGGCCCUCGAACAGCACUGUAGACCAGAAAUUGGCAGGGAUUGAAGA